UUAAUUUUUUCAUUAGGUGAGAACACUGUGCGCACCAUCGCUAUGGAUGGUACAGAGGGUCUUGUGAGAGGCCAGAAGUGCAAAGAUACUGGUGGUCCCAUCACAAUUCCUGUUGGCCCAGAAACACUAGGAAGAAUUAUCAAUGUUAUUGGAGAGCCUAUAGAUGAGAGAGGACCUGUUGAUACAGACAAACGAUCAGCCAUCCAUGCAGAAGCUCCUGAAUUUGUUGAAAUGAGCACAGAACAGGAGAUUCUUGUUACAGGAAUCAAAGUGGUAGAUCUGCUUGCACCAUAUGCUAAGGGUGGAAAGAUUGGUCUGUUUGGCGGUGCUGGUGUUGGCAAGACUGUGCUUAUCAUGGAAUUGAUCAACAAUGUGGCUAAAGCUCAUGGUGGGUACUCUGUGUUUGCUGGUGUUGGUGAGAGAACACGCGAAGGAAACGACUUGUACCAUGAAAUGAUCGUGUCAGGUGUCAUCAGCCUGAAGGAUAAGAGUUCCAAGGUGGCCCUGGUGUACGGUCAGAUGAAUGAGCCCCCAGGUGCUCGUGCUCGUGUUGCCCUGACUGGUUUGACUGUUGCUGAGUACUUCCGUGAUGAAGAGGGACAAGAUGUGCUGCUUUUCAUUGACAACAUCUUCCGUUUCACUCAAGCUGGCUCUGAGGUGUGUACAUGUACAUACAGUUGGUAAACAUGUACCUUCACU